CUUCAAGACGAUCGCUCAGUUUCUGGUGGGAAGCCUUACGUGCCGGACGGUUGCUGUUCGACGCACCCUCAAACCGUUGCUUAAAUUGCGUGUCGAAAAAAAAAACCGUGUGACCUACACCUCGGGCGUUGUUUGUGUGCGAGUAAGAGUAAGUGCGAAGGUUGCUGGUCCUAGAAAACCGUGAGCCCAUCCUCACCGUGCGGUUGUGUGGUUGUAAAUCUUCCAAUUUCAAAGUGCAAAAAAGUGCGAAGCGGGAAGGCUACGGUACGGUACCGACCGAAUUGAAUAACUGUUUCGUGCGCCCCCGGGAACCGAAAAUUGUUUCGCGCAAAAAACAAAAAGCCAGCCACCACAAAAAUGCAUAAGUGUGUUGCAUUAUGCUUUACGAUACUGGCCCUUGUGCUAGCAGUGCUUCUCCCAGCCGCACAAGCUACUCUACAACCAAAAGCGCCUAAUUUUCAAUAUUUCGAAAGGCCAAAGUACAGGUACCCGUACUACGAUGAAAACGGAAAAGGAAAACUACUCUACGGCUACGGCGGACCGGAACUGUAUCAAUACAAAAGCUUCUCGCCUUUGGAUGGUAUUCACUGAGCCCAGCCGGUGGUUAUCGUUAAGUUGAUGGUGUUAUAUCGCAUUAGUCCGCGAUUGUUACACACUACGCUUGAACAUUGUUUCGUUUGGAUAAGCAUAAUGAUCACGGUUACAAGUUAUCGCUAAAGCUGUGGUGUGAGGGGGAUUGAUGAGUUAGGAUGUUAAAGUAAUGUGUUACCAAAUAAUAAAACCGUCGUUUUUACAAUGA